AGUACACGGGUGUAGUCUGUCAGGGAGCAGGGCGGCGCCGCGUGCUGCCGAUUGGCGCGGGUGUGGUCCGGGCGGACCGUUUGCUUCCCCUCCCCCCUCCGGGCUGGCGAUUGGCGGUUGGCCCCUUCGGCGGCGCGUAAUUUCAAAUUUUGAACGGUGGGAGCGGCGGCUCGAGGCAGCUCUACAGCAACAACAGGAACAGCAACAGGCGCGCGGGAAGAGUCGGAGCGACCCAUCGACCCAGAGCAGCUGGGCGCCACCACACCCGCACCAUGGACCCCUUCACCGAGAAACUUCUUGAACGAACCCGUGCUCGUCGAGAGAAUCUGCAGAAGAAAAUGGCUGAGAGGACCACAAAAACUCGGCCAGUUGGAAAAAGAUCCAGGGAACCUUUGUCUGAAGCUAGCAACCAGCCAUUGGAAGUCACUGAGGAAGCAAAAAUAUCAACCAAGCCUUCUCCAUCCAAAAAACGUUGUUCAGAUAAAAUGGAAACACCAAUACAAGAGAUAGAAAACAACAUUGCACGAUCUCCACCUGUGAUUGAUUCUGUUGCACGAUCUCCACCUGCGAUCAAUUGUGUUGAACAAUCUCCAUCUUUGAUUACUUCUGUUGCACAACCUUCAACUCAACCCAGACAAUUAAUUAGGGAACAGGAAGAUCAGAAGGUGAUCCAAGAUCCAACCCCACCUGCAUCCCUGAAGAAUCGGAUGCACAGGCUGGCACAACAGUUACGCCAAAGGGACGCUGAAGGGAAUGAAAUUGAUUCCCCUGUGUCGCCUGUGAAAUCAUGGACUGUUUCACCUUCACCUCAGCAAACAGUAAGUACUGUUGAGUGCAAAACUCCAGUUGGAAGGAGAGGGCGGUUUGCAAAUCUUGCUGCAACGAUUAACUCCUGGGACGACGACAUGAGCCAUCCGAUCAUUAAGCAUAACAAGUCAUCAGGACAGCCUGGUACUGCUUGUUUACCAGUUUCCUCUGCAACAAACAAAGCUCCACCUACUAUUGACAGCAGUUGUACUAACCAGCAAGCUGUAAUCUCCACACAACGACCUCCAGAAAAUACAGUUAAUAAAAUAAACUCUACAGCCAUACAGAAAACUGUUCGGCCUGAUGUCCAUUUAACGAAGGUGAUCCCACCCACCUCGGAGAAAGUUGAAGCGAUUAAGUCGCCAUCGACCAAAGGAGCCCAGGGCCAACCAUUAGCAGCAAAAGUGACAGUUUCCCAGCGUCAAAUCCUGUUUAGAGAUCAACCAAAAAAAGACUGCGCUGUUCAUGUUCUGCCAGGGGGCAGUCUGCCCACUCCAGGUGGUCCAGGAGUCAAAUCUUUCCUGGAAUGUUUUGGUGAGCGUUGCCAACAACACAGUGUGUCAAGUCCUGCUCCAUCUACUCCUGGGCAAAGAACCCUCAAUGUUACACCCAGCACAAAAGCAAUACAGGAGCGGCUACUUAAACAGCAGGAGCCUUCUGCUACAGCACAUCUAACUCGGCAAUUUAAACAGGAACGGGAAAAAGAACUGACAAUUAUUCGCAAUCGGAUUCCGAGAGGCAACUUGUGGAAUUUUGCUAAGAAAAGAGAAAAUUGUACUUCCACUCUGCCUGAGGAUUCUAGUGAACCUCUCCAUAGAUUCACUGAGCAGCGGAGUGCAGAAGUUCAUCAAACCCAGAUGAAUACUCUGCAGCAUUCACCGCAAUCAUCAAAACCAAACACAAUGUCACCAGUGAAGUCUGCAUUAGCAGGGGUGCACGAGCCUUCACCUGUGAAAAUAUCCAGCACUGAAUCCACAGUUACUUCCAAAGAGCAACAUGUAUGGAAUGUUACUAGUAAUCCUGCCAAAUUAAGCCCUUUCAAAAAGCUGUAUGCUGCUUCUGAGCAGCUGGAUGUCACUGGUGAAGGCGAAAAAGGGAAUGCUGAAAGAAAUAGCGUUACUUCCAAAGAGCUAAAUGCGAGGAAGAUUGCUAAUAUGCCUGCUAAAUUUGGCCCCUUCAAAAGAGUGUCUGCUGUUCCUGAGCAGCUGGAUGUCAGUAUAUGUAAAGCAGAAAAGGGCAAUGGUAGAUGUACAGAUAAAAUUGAAAUGGUACGUGAGAUUGAGAUGAACGUUGAUGAUGAUGAUGAUGAUGACGAUGACGAUGAUGAUGAGACUAACAGUUCUGCCGUCAUUGAUGAACUAUUUGAUGUCCUGGAGGAAGAGGAGGAAGAUGAUGAGAUGAGUGAGAAAAUGGCAUGCAACAAAGAAACUGAAAGUAAUCCAGCGGAGAAAAACGAUGAGCUAAAUAUAUCCUCAAUGUCGCUCCUCGCGCCAAUGGAAGAAACCGUUGAUGCAGUCACAAAUCAAAAGGGGAGUGGUAAGCCUGCCAGCAAUACAAAGGAGGGCAAAUGCCAGCUAAAACCCAUAACCAGAUCAGAGUCGGCUGACAACGUAGGAUCUUCAACUGAUGAACACAAAUUGGUAUACAGUAUUGAUGCCUACAGAUCGCAAAGAAUUAAAAAUAUUGAGCGCCCUUCAGUGAAACAAGUCAUUGUCCGUAAAGAGGAUGUUUCUCAAAGACUUGAAGAGAAAAUUAAUGCACCGCCAAGUUCAAUUAGCAUAAAACAGAAGAUGAAGAAUCUGAACAAUGAAAUAAAUAUCCAGCAAAGUGUUAUCCACCAGGCAAGCCAGGCUUUAAACUGCUGUACAGAUGAAGAUCAUGGAAAAGGAUCUCAGCAGGAGGCCGAAGCUGAGAGGCUGCUACUGAUUGCCAGUGAAAAGAGAUUGGCACUUCUUGCUGAAAUAAACAAAUUAAAGGGUGAAGGAGUACCUGUAAAUAAGAGAGGUGGCCACGCAGCAAAAUCAGCUGGUGAAUUUGCUCCAUCUAGAGGCUGUUUUGCACUUUCAGACAUCCGCCUUCCUUUAAAGGCAGAUUUCAUCUGUUCAACAGCUCAGAAAACGGAUGUUACCAACUACUAUUUUUUCGUGCUAAUUAAAGCAGGAGCGUUAAAUAUAGUGGCUACACCAUUGGCCUCCAUCCAAAAUGCUCUCAGUGGCGACGCUAUUAGUUUUCCCACAAAGUUCACUCUGCAAGAUGUCUUGAAUGAUUUUGAAAUUGAGAUAGAGGUUUAUUGUCUGGCAUUGCACCGGGAGAGUGGCAUUACAGAAAAGAAAAAGAAACCUACCAAAUCUAAGGCCAUUACUCCAAAGAGGCUAUUGACUUCAAUUACAAAGACCAACUUGCACACACCAGCUUUGGCAAGUCCUGGAGGACCCAAUGCAGUGCGCACCAGUAACUUCAACAUGGUCGGAUCCCACAAGUUCUCUCUCUCUUCUGUAGGAAAUUCUAAAUUCCAACUGGCGAAGGUUCCCUUCUUGUCACCACUUGAAGGUCACAUUUGUGUAAAACUGCAGUGCCAGGUUGGAUCCACGAUUGAAGAGCUUGGAUUUUUGACCAUGUUUGAUGAUGUUAGUGGUUUUGGAGCUUGGCAUCGACGCUGGUGUGUCUUAUCAGGAAACUGCAUCUCGUAUUGGACCUAUCCAGAUGAUGAAAAAUCCAAGAAUCCACUUGGCCGUAUAAACUUGGCUAAUUGUACUAGCAGAAAAAUAGAUCCAGCUAACCGUGAGUUCUGUGCUCGACCCCACACAUUUGAACUCAUCACUGUAAGACCUCAGCGAGAAGGUGACCGAGAGACGCUUGUUAGUCAAUGCAAGAACACACUCUGUGUCACCAAAAACUGGCUGUCUGCUGAUACCAAGGAUGAACGCAAUCUCUGGAUGCAAAAGCUGAAUAGAGUUCUGGUUGAUCUACGAACCUGGCAACCUGAUGCCUGCUACUCACCUCAUAUCCUGUUAAAGCAGAUUGGAGACCAUUAUUAACCAGAUUUAUUUACUUUUUUAUCUCAUCCUGGAAUGAGUAUUGAUCAAGUGCAAAUAUGUAAUGACACUUUGUAUGCUAAAUAUUACUAAGCAGUUAGGGCACUGACAAAAAUAUUUCUGCAGUAAAUGUUUUUAAGCAAAGGUGUACAGAUUAGUCCAGCAGCAACAUCAGGUGAAAGGGGGAACAUGGUAAAUCAUUUUGGAAAACAAGAUUAUCGAAUGUUUUAUGAAUAUCAGCACUGCCUUGAAGUUGUUAUUUCAUGGUUGAAAAUAUGCUUCAAGCCCCUUUAAAAACUUUAUCUGCAAAAAAAGCCUUUUCAUGGGUGGGACUUUGCUUGUACAGUUUAGAUUUGAGAUUACUUUUAAGAAAUUGCAUAUAGCAACUAUUUGUGGAGAUAGAGAUAUAAACCAAAACAAUAAAAUAUGAAAAGAUUAUUAAUUGUGCUGCUGCUCUGCAUCAGCCAAUGCUUAUUUUUAAGAGUUAUAUAUAGGUCUUGCCCCAACCCCUCCACCAUGGGGAACUUCCCCACUCAAUAGUCCAUCCACGCGCUAGCAAAUUUCUACAAAGUCUAUCUGUGCUGUUAUUGAGACUUCUAAAGUUGUUGGCCUGGCACAUGGAUUAAUUUGAGAAAAUACCAGGUUGAAAUAUACGAACAUAUGUUUGUGUAAACUGCCAUUUGAUGCACUGGAGGUACCAGAACACACUAUGCAAUAAUUUCAAAUGUAUUUCUGAUUAUGCUGCUAUAUAUAUUACCUGCUUGAUGCUUGCAGGCUAUGACAUUUAACUUGAGCAAAACACUUUAAUAUGAUUCAACCGGAAAGGAAUAAUACAGACAUUAUCGGGAUAGUUUGAUUAAAUUUCAACAAUUUUGUCGUUUUGAGUAUCAUUGUUGAUCCUUUUAAUCUAUUUUUUUUUAGAUAUGUCCAUGUCUUUUUUUUCUACCUAAAAUUAAGCUAUUUUGUACUUAAAUGUGAACUGCAGUUGGAAGAAAGUUGGAUAAUUCUUGAUUAUGCUGAUAACUGGCAUAAAGAUUUUGAACCCAAAUGUGUGAUGCCAUCAUAGAAUGUAUUGAAGAUUGUUCACAUAGUUUUUGUCCAAUAUUUUUUUUACAGCUUUAAACACGUGCCAAAUAACAGUAACAACACACUAACUUGUAUUAAAUGGAAAAAUGUAUGUUCUAUAUAUUGUCCUCCAUCUUGUCAUCUUGUCUCUUCAACUGUGCUAUUUUUAUUUUGGUUCCGUUUAAUGUAUUAUUAUAAAACAUUCUUAUGCACAUUGUCUAAAAUAAACUGCUUCAAAAUGGAAA